CGCGGAUAUGUGAGGUCACGCGGCGGUGGCGCAAUGCGAGCGCUGUCCCUCGAGCGGUGGCUCCGCGCCUGGCGGGCCCUUCCGCGACGCCCCUCACGCCCGGCGAGGUGGCACAGCGGGCACCGGCCGCAGCAGAAAGUGUCGGUGGAAGUGCUGGACCACUUGGAGCACCUGGCCCUGGUGGAUUUCCGGGAUUCGGAGGCCGUGGAGCGGCUGCAGAAAGCUGUCCAGUUUGCUGAUCAGCUUCGUGAAGUAAACACCGACGGCGUGGAACCGAUGGAUUCAGUGCUGGAGGACAGAUGUCUGUAUCUUAGAGAAGAUGAUGUGACAGAAGGCAACUGCGCCAAAGACCUGCUGGAAAAUGCCAGAGAGAAAGUAGAGGAGUACUUUGUAGCUCCACCAGGUAACAUCCCUUUACCAAAGCUGGAAGAAUGAGACACUUUUCUGCAGGGCUUUUAGUGACAGCCCAGAGCCCAAAUGCCCUUUCAGUAUUUUAUUUGGGAAAGCAAAGUUUUGUGCAGUCACAGCUGAAACACCCUGGCACACCUUUUGGUCAAAAGAGCACUUGCAAGACAGAAGAAUGAAGAUGUUAAAGUCUAGUAGUGCUGCUGAAAUAUUCAAUGUCUGUGCAGCUGGAAGGCAGCAUGGCAGAUGACCUUGGUGCUUUUAUUUGGCAAAGUGAAUUUGCUGUCUGGAGGUGAGAACAAACCCUUGUCCCACUCUGUGCAAUUACUUCAUUAUUUGUUUAAGCAUCCAUAAUAUAGUCACAUAUAAGCAUAAAACAUGUAAUUACUAUGAUACUUGAAUUCUUUCAGUGGUAUUAAAAUAAAGCCUUUGUUUAACACCACUAA